GGGUUUCACUGUUGGAUUCCAUAGCCAAGGAGCUGCUCUCGCUGCGUGGAUUUUCGCUGCUGAGCACGGAAGGAUCUCUUCGGAGCAUGGAUGAUGCGUGCCAUAACUUUCUUUCUCUGAACCAAUUUCUUUUUCAGUUUUACUAAGGUGAAUUCGAGUCAGUAAUCGAGGUCGAGGAAGUGUUUCUGCGGCCAGGCGGGUGCGCAGUUUGGGAUGACGUCUCAUGAAAGUUUCGAGAGUUGUAGCAGCGGGAUUGAGUGUCAAGAGAUGCUAUCAUGGUAGCUGGCUGUGAGAAGCGAGCUGUAGAGGCUGAGGAUGAGAGAUGUAAGCGAGCAGGGAAAUUGCCGGAAGGACUAACAGGGAAGUGGGUACGUGGAAGCGAAAAGAAACAUUGGUUGUGCGGAGUGGUGAAUUGCGUUGGAGGAGUCAUGUUCCAGGGAAUGUAACGUGUAGAAUUGGUGGAGGAGCUCGUGGAGAGGACAAUGUUUCAAAUUUCUCGUCGCAGUAGGAACAUCCUUCUUGCAUGUGGUGCUGUAGCAGCAGGCGGCUAUAUGACCUAUCGUAUAUAUCACCCUCGAAAAAAGCUUCGCAUCGUUCUUUUCUUACAGUCUUUCUCAUCUCUCCUUGAAGCUCUUUCUCAAGGGAGCAGCACGUUUGCUGCGGUUUUGAGCGAUCUACACAGGUUUCUGGUUUCCGAAGAAGACGAGGUGCCUCAAACUCUGAAGCAGCUUUUAAAAGUCGCUGCAUCACGUGAGGCGCAGGAGAGUAUCACCGCUCUCUCGGCUGCAGUCAGUCGUGGUCUUCUCUCCACACUUAUCAGUAGUGCGCCUGUUGCCGUGAGCCUUAAACACGAGGUACAACCUCGAAGGCUACAUCGUCCUCAGAGCACAUUAACCAGUCCAAGUGGGCGUGGGGUUUCAGAGGAAACUAAAAGUGUUAUUAAGUGGGAUGGCAAAGGUACUGUUACUUCACAAGGAGAGUCUGGAGCUGCUUCUACCUCUUUCGAUGACAGGACUUUAUCACCAGGAGAAUGCAACGAAAAUGCGGAGGAAAUUUCGAUAGAGUGCGAGGAAGAGUUAUAUGACCACGCUUGGACCAAUGCUGGAAACGUGUUUGACGCUGCGAAAACGCAGGUUGAUUCAUCAAUAGUGAAGGGCGUGAAGGAGACUUUGCAAGAAGAGGCAGGUAUUAGUCCCAACUUCAGCGAUAAUGAAGUAGAGACUCGUUCUAGUAAACGGAGUGGCAAAGAAGAUAUAGUAGACAGGCUUAUUCAGAAACUUUUUUCUGAAUCUGGGAAGAGCUUCGUAUCGAUCGUGGUGGCAUCUGCGUCUCGAAGUUUCGUGGCUUCGGUUGUGGAGCAAUUCAACGCUUUUAAUAAUUUGCCAGGCAACGAGGGGAUUGGAAGUGGAGAUGGGCUUGUCAAGGGUUUACUUGAAUUUGCAAACAGCCCUAAUGGCAAACCACUGUUGACAGACUGGAUCCAGACCUUUGUUGGAACUGCUGUAUCUGUAUACCUGGAUCGGACAAAAGAUAUUAAUGCCUUCGAUGAAUUCGCGGCUACUUUGGCGAAACCGGAACAUCAAGGUCCUAUCACUGAACUUUUGACCACUAUUUGUAAUGUGUCGACUGGUAAUUUUGUGCGCACUUCGCAUGAAAUCUUAACAUCGGAUCCCAGUAGCUCAAAACAUAACGCGGGUGACAAGGUAUCGGUUUCGUAUCCACAGCUUGGUGACAGGUCUCACGAAAACGAAGACUCGGAAGUGUUCUAUGAUACGGGAGAGCAAGAACUAAUAUCUCCAAGCCACUCUUUGGUUAAAUGGAAAGGAAAGUCCGUUGGUAGAACGAGAGAAACAUUUUCGCCAAAUUACAUCGAACACAUCUCAAAAGUGAUUGCUGUUCCUAGCAAUCGAGAGUUGAUUCUGAACAUUGUGGGAACUAUGACUUCCUCUGGUGUCCGGACAAUGAUUGAUGUUUCUUUGGACAAGGUUUCAGCUAUCCUGAGUGGAAAAGACAAAGAGCAAGAUUUGAAGGAUCAAGAUCACGAGAUGCCCGGAAGGUUAGGGGUAGGCGAGAAGCUGCAGGUUGUUGGGGAUGUGACGAAGGCCGCAAUUGACAAAGCAAUGGUGCUUAUGACGAUGUGUUAUGCAGUUUGCCUGCACUCUGUUGUGGGCGGCGUUAGAAUGAUCAAGCCUUUAUAGGUUCAGCUGGAAUAAUUGUUUUGUACAAAAAUCAUUUACUUUAUUGAUAGCCACCUCAAUUGUAAAUUUCCAUGCCUUCUUUAUUUGAGGCAUGCUUCUCUUAAACUUCAGGUAGACUUCAAGCUCUUAGCUGUGUAAGUUGUAUUGCUCUUAUGAUCGGACUAGGAUAUCGCUCAUUAAACUUCGUUUCUAAAACCAUUGGAUUCUACUGAGGGAAAUUUAAUUUUACUUGGAAAGCAAUGUCAUAGAGAGGCUCAUUUCAUAAUGACCACAUAUCAUAGGUAUGAAUUUGUGUGUCUGUACAUUCUCAUUGUAAUCGUCCAAUUUACAAUGGCAGGGUGCACUACAGGAGUUUUA